AUGGCAAGACUAAAGGCAUUCGACCUCCUCUCGAUCGGUGUGGUAUCCGCUGCUGGAGUCUGGAUGGGCAUGAGGUUCUUCGAACCAAUAGUGAUCGAUCGUCUUAAGAAAGAUGGAAACUUACGCACGGACAUCCCUGUUCCAGAGUAUGAUGCAAACGGAGAUCCCACUGACUCGAAGCCGAUGACAGAACUGAAAGAUGAAUUGAUCGCCAUACAGCAACGAGAGAAAGCUCAAAAGGCCAUUGAGCAAUCCAGCUCAAAUUCUACUUGA